AUGAAAGAGUUAAUGCCUGUUGAAACAUGUUUGAUAUUAAAUAUGCUUGAUAACAUCUUUGUUAAAUGUAAAACUUUUUCACAAACAGGAAUUCAACGUGGUAAUUUUAAAGAUCAUUUAAAAAGAUGUCGAAAAACAAUUAUGUGUUCAUGUUCAGUACCAGAUAUUCAAUAUCCAUGGGUUGGUCAAAAAGAUCAACUUUUUUCUUAUCUUAGUCGAUGUCUUUACGAACAGAUUCGUCCAGUUCUUAGCUAA